AUGAAUGGCACAAUAGGGUCAUCCACAUCACCAGGGCCCGCCACAUCAUUAGGGUCAUCCACACCACCAGGGCCCGCCACAUCAUCAGGGUCAUCCACAUCAUCAGGGUCAUCCACAUCACCAGGGCCCGCCACAUCAUCAGGGUCAUCCACAGGGUCAUCCACACCACCAGGGCCCGCCACAUCAUCAGGGUCAUCCACACCAUCAGGGUCAUCCACACCAUCAGGGUCAUCCACACCACCAGGGCCCGCCGCAUCAUCAGGGUCAUCCACAGCACCAGGGCCCGCCGCAUCAUCAGGGUCAUCCACACCACCAGGGCCCGCCACAUCAUCAGGGUCAUCCACACCACCAGGGCCCGCCGCAUCAUCAGGGUCAUCCACACCACCAGGGCCCGCCGCAUCAUCAGGGUCAUCCACAUCAUCAGGGUCAUCCACACCACCAGGGCCCGCCACAUCAUCAGGGUCAUCCACACCACCAGGGCCCGCCACAUCAUCGGGGUCAUCCACACCACCAGGGCCCGCCACAUCAUCAGGGUCAUCCACACCACCAGGGCCCGCCACAUCAUCAGGGUCAUCCACAGCACACACACAGGCACUGGUUAUGCUAGUGAAAUCUCACUACGAAAUGGCCAAAUCGUCAAACUCUCCUCUCAUCAAGCAGACAAAAACUGACCAGUAG